AUGGCGUCCGAGGAGGGAGUCGUGAUCGCGUGCCACACCAAGGCCGAGUUCGACGCCCAGAUGGCCAAGGCCAAGGAGGCCGGCAAGCUGGUGAUCAUUGACUUCACUGCCUCCUGGUGCGGUCCUUGCCGCGCCAUUGCUCCACUGUUUGUCGAACACGCCAAGAAGUUCACUCAGGCUGUCUUCCUGAAGGUGGACGUGGACGAACUGAAGGAAGUUACCGCGGCCUACAAAAUCGAGGCGAUGCCGACCUUCCACUUCAUCAAGAACGGUGAGACGGUGGAGACCAUCGUCGGUGCCAGGAAGGACGAGCUCCUGGCCCUGAUCCAGAAGCAUACCGCGUCCGCUUCUGCCUAA